GAGACACUCCUACAGGAGCCCUCCGUCCUGCUGGGUGUGAGCUCAAACAUCGCCAGCUUUUCGGGCACCUUCUCCACCAGCAAGACGCAGACUCGUUCUUCCAUCGUUACGAGAUCUCAGACCACGCCAUGGCGAGCGGAUGGGCGGCGCUGGCCGUGCUCGCCGUGCUCGGCGUGCCCACCGUGCUGAGCUCCGGCUACGGCUCCAACACGCCGUGCUUCGACGCGAAGCGGCAGCAGCAGGGCCUCUCGCCGGAGCCGGGCCAGCCGCAGCACGAGUGCGACCGGAGCGGGGCGUUCGCGCCGCAGCAGUGUCGCGGCUCGCAGUGCUUCUGCGUAGACCGUAACGGCCGGCAGCUGGAGGAGUACGCCGCCGUCGGCCGCCACCAGGCACACCAGAUCUCCUGCGCCUGCGCGCGCCAGCGGUCGGAGCGGGCCGGCCGGCUGGGCGGCGAGGCCGUCACUUGCGACGCGCAGGGCAACUUCAGCCCGCGCCAGUGCGUCGGCUCGUCGUGCUACUGCGUCAACGUGCGCACGGGUUCUCGGCUGGCGCGCAGCCGGGAUGUGCACGUGAGCCAGGCGGCCUCGCUCGACUGCAACACCGCGACCGGCGGCGAGCCGUACCGGGCCACCGACGACCGGCAGCAGGCGGCGCUGGGCGGCGACACGCCCUGCUGGGACGAGCUGCAGCGCCACGAGGCGUCCAGCUCGGGUCUGCUCGGCGCCGAGCCGCCCGCCUGCGACCGCAUGGGGCGCUUCCACCCGAAGCAGUGCCGCGGCUCCGAGUGUUACUGCGUCACGCCGGCAGGCCGCCGGCUCCAGGCGUACCGGGCGGCGCCGCGCGCCAGGCAGAUCUUCUGCGGCUGCGCCCGGCGACUGCACGAGAUCACCGAGGGCGGGCUCGUCGGCGUCACCCUCAACUGCGACCAGCACGGCGACUACGAGCUGAAGCAGUGCACGGGCUCCGUGUGCCACUGCGCCGACCCCGUCACCGGCGAGAAACGCCACGGCAGCCGCCAGGUGGCCAUCCACCAGCUGGAUACGCUCAGUUGCGACCGCAGCCAACAGACCGACCGGCCGCUGCUGGGCGGCCAGACGCCCUGCUGGGACGCGCUGAAGCGGCACAUGGUGCGGCAGACGCCGCUGCUCGGCGCUCACAAGCCGCAGUGCGACAGGGCCGGCAAAUACCACCCCAAACAGUGCAAGGGGUCCGAGUGCACGUGCGUGGACCCGUACGGCGUCUCGCUCGGCAGCUAUCGGCAGCCGCGCGGCCGCAGCGUCGACAUGGGCUGCCUGUGCGCGCGCCGCGAGUGGGAGCUGCACCGCGACGGCCUGCUGGGGCUCAGCGUCAACUGCGACGAGCGCGGCAACUUCGCGGCGCACCAGUGCGUGGGCUCCGUGUGCCACUGCGUGCUGCCGGUGACCGGCGAGCAGAUCCCCGCCUCGGAGACGCACAUCGGCCAGCUGGCCGGGCUCGACUGCGCCGCGCACCGCCGCCGCCUGCUGGGCGGUGAGCGGCCCUGCGACGACCGCCGCCGGCAGAUGCGCGGCCGGCUCGGCGGCCGGCCUCAGCCGCCCGGCUACCAGGAGCCCGAGUGCGACCGCGACGGGAAGUUCGCCGCGCUCCAGUGCACCGGCUCGCUCUGCUACUGCGUCAGCCCGAACGGCGAGCGCCUGGAGGGCUACGACCAGCCAAUUCAGAACCGCCAGCAGAUGUCCUGCCGGUGCGCCCGCCGCGCGUGGGAGCUGUCCCAGGACGGCCUGGGCCGCCAUGUCACCUGCGACCGCUUCGGGGGCUUCCACACAAGCCAGUGCGAGGGCAGCACCUGCUACUGCGUCGACCCGGCCACUGGCGCACCGAGCGGCGGCGCGACGGUGCACGUGGGCGAGCUAGCCAGCCUGGCGUGCGGCGGCGGCCCUGCUGGCCAGCCGCUGCUCGGCGGCCAGCAGCCCUGCUGGGACGCGCGCCGGCGCGCCGAGCGCCGCCUCCGGGAAGCCCAGCAUCCCAUCGCUGGUCUGGAGAUGCCCGAAUGCGACAGGUCGGGUCGCCACCAGCCCAAGCAGUGCUCCGGCUCGCAGUGCUACUGCGUGGACCCCGCAGGCCGCAGGCUCGAGGCCUACUCGGUCGACAGGUGGCGCGCCGAUGCCAUGACAUGCGUAUGCGCCCGGCGGCGGCACGAGGUCAGCUCGCUGAGUCUGAUCGGCAUCUCGGCCAGCUGCGACGAGCUCGGCAACUUCGAGCGUCGCCAGUGUCUCGGCUCGCAGUGCUACUGCGUCAAUCCGCAGACCGGCGCCCCGGUGGACGCGUCCACCGUCCACAUCUCGCAGUCGGACAGCCUCAACUGCCUGGAGCGGACAGGACUCGUCGUCAGCGCCGGCGGCUCUGGCUCGGGACUGCUCGGCUCUAGUGGCGGCUCUGGCUCCGGUCACUCCGGCCGUCCCGGCCAGUCGGGUGGCUCUGGCUCUGGCCAAUCUGGCCGCCCAGGCCAGUCGGGCGGCUCCGCGGCCCGGUGCUUCUGGGUGGCAACACGCCCUGCUGGAACGAGCGCACGCGCCUGA